AUGUCCGCAUCACACCGCAUAUCGUCCUACAGCAACCGCAGCAGCUCGCCUGGCCGUCCUCACAGCCAAGAUGAGAACAAGAACAUCUGGUCGUCCAUGCUGGAUGGCGUCUCCAGCGGCAAGCGGUUACCGGAGAAGAGCUUGCUGGUCCUUGGAGGUACGCCCGACACGCAGAAAGAAUUCCUAGAAUCCCUCACGAUGGACGAGAACGGCCGGAGGAGGCCGCCGGACCGCGGCCGCAGACCGCCCAUCGCGAACCAGUUCGCGCUCGGUUAUACCUACCAGGAUGUCCUCGACGCCGACCAAGACGAUAUCCUCGCUCGCCUGUCCCUUUACCUGCUCACUGAUCCCUCGCCUUCCUUCACCCCGCUUCUCAAGCCGCUGCUCACCCCGCGCACACUGCCGAACAUGCUUAUAGUCAUCUUACUGGAUUGGUCACAACCGUGGCUGUGGAUCCGACAACUGCGCGAGUGGAUCCGCGUCCUGCGGUCCCUCAUGGUUUCGUUGGACAACGACUGCAAAGACGUGAUGGAGGAGAACAUCGUGUCGUGGCAAGAGCGGGGGCGCAAGAACAAUCUCGACGGCACUCCGGGCACCGGAGCUGACGGGGACGUAUCGAUCCCCGUCGGCCCUGGCGAAUGGGACGAGCCGCUUGGUAUACCACUCUGCGUUGUGUGCCAGAACGCUGAUAAGAUCGAGGCACUCGAGAGGGAGCGCGGGUGGAAGGAAGAGGAAUUCGACUUCGUGCUGCAGUACAUGCGCACCAUCCUGCUCAAGCACGGCGCAUCGCUCAUCUACACGAUGCCCGCGGCGCCCGGAUCGCUACAGACGCUCGUGCACUCGAGCCUCAGCAUAAAGUCCAUGCUCCAGAAGAACUCACUUAAGCACAACGUCAUCGACCGCGACCGCGUUCUUGUGCCGCCCAACUGGGAUUCUUGGGGGAAGAUUCGUGUCUUGCGCGACGGUUUCGAUGCCGAAGGCAUCAGCCAGGCAUGGGCUGUUGACAUACAAGCACCCCAACCACGACAGCCGUCGCUGAACGGCGACGAGAAUGGCGAGGAAGUCAUUCAGAACGGCGUCAGCCAUGAGCCGGAAGAGGAGUCGCCAGCCGUCGCCAUCUACGAAGAGACUAUUCGUGACCCGACUCGGGACUCUCUCCUUGCCCAAGGCUUACCGGUCAACACAAUCAACGGCGCAAACGGAAUCGAGACCGACAGCCAGGAUAACCAGGUAUUCCUGGGUAGCCAGCUCGAGGUUCUCGACAAGUUGCGAGCCGAGGACGAGAAGGUCAAGAACGCAGCCAACAAAGAGAAGAACAAGGGCGCGUUCAUCACCCACGGCACGGGAGAUUCGUCCGUUUCCGGUACCAACAACGCGGGAAGUGGUGUUGUGGAAGAGCACAUUGGGCCGGUUCAGUUCAACAUGGGCGGUAUCCAGGUCGAUGCCGACGACAUGUUGAAGCGCUUGAAGGACCGCGAGGCAAGCCGCGAAGAUACUGGCGACAGCGGCGUCACCAGCCCCGUCGACGACGGCAAAACCGAGAACGAACGCCUGGCCAACUUCUUCGCCGGCUUGAUGAAGAAGACGAGCAGCCCACGCUCUUGA